AUGGCAUGUUGCUGCGCGGUUUCGGAAUUUGAUGACACCGACAUUGUUGUGAUCAAAACUAAAAAUAUGGCUGCCCCAAUCAAAGUGGUGGUAACUGGCGCAGCUGGCCAAAUUGCUUACUCUCUACUGUACCAAAUUGCUUCUGGUGCAGUGUUUGGACCAGAACAGCCUGUUUAUCUUCACCUGUUAGAUAUUGCUCCAAUGAUGGGUGUGUUAGAGGGUGUAGUUAUGGAACUUGCCGACUGUGCCUUACCUCUACUUACUGGUGUGCUUCCCACUGCCAAUCCUGAAGAGGCUUUUAAGGAUGUUGCUGCUGCUUUCUUGGUUGGUGCUAUGCCAAGGAGAGAAGGAAUGGAGAGGAAAGAUUUACUCUCUGCUAAUGUUCGAAUUUUUAAAGAACAAGGUCAAGCAUUAGAUAAAGUGGCCAGAAAAGAUGUCAAAGUACUUGUUGUAGGCAACCCAGCAAACACCAAUGCUCUGAUUUGCUCCAAAUAUGCACCAUCUAUUCCAAAAGAAAACUUUACCGCAAUGACUCGUCUUGACCAAAACCGUGCUCAGUCUCAAUUAGCUGCAAAAUUGGGUGUACCAGUUCAAGAUGUUAAAAAUGUAAUCAUUUGGGGAAAUCACUCAUCUACACAAUUCCCCGAUGCAUCUAAUGCAAUUGCCAAAAUCAAUGGUACGGAGAAGCCUGUUCCCGCCGCUAUCAAUGAUGAUGAAUAUUUGAGAACUACAUUUGUGACCACUGUGCAAAAGCGUGGAGCUGCAGUUAUAGCUGCUAGAAAGAUGUCCUCAGCUUUGUCAGCCGCUAAGGCCGCAUCUGACCAUAUGCGAGACUGGUUCUUGGGAACCGGUGACCGUUGGGUUAGUAUGGGUGUUGUGUCUGAUGGCUCGUAUGGAACUCCACGAGACAUUGUAUUCUCUUUCCCUGUAACGGUCAGCAAUGGAAAGUGGAAGAUUGUGGAGGGCCUCACAAUCUCUGAUUUUGCUCGUCAAAUGCUGGAUAACACUGGAAAAGAGUUGGCUGAAGAAAAGCAGGAUGCUUUGGAUGUAUGCAAGGAU